CUCGAUUCGCCGGUGGUGGUGAUUGAGUUCGAGAGAGAGAGGGGAAGGGGGAUUCCAUUUUGAUUUUUUCGCAUCUUUCGUGAUUCACCAGCGUUGUCCGUGGUGGUGUUUGAGUUAAAUCCAUGGCGUAUAGGAGGAGGCAGGGAGUGCCGAGGGCUUCUCCGUUUAAAGAAGAAAUUGGGAGCCCUUACAAUCCUCCUCCUCUGCCCGAUGAUAGCUCGUCGUCUUCGUCUGCCUCUUCGCUCGCUGCCAAAGCCAUUAGAGCAUCAUCUGCCUAUAGUGAUUCCUCUCUCUCCUUUGCCUAUGGUCAUUCUGGUCUCUCCUCUCCUCGGGACUCCAAGCCUACAGGAUCUUCUUCUCCAUCUUCAACGAAGGAUUCAUUUAGCUAUGAGUAUACAUCAAUGAAAAAAUUGAGUGAACCCAAACAAGGGUUUUGGGGAGUUUUGGCUAGGAAAGCUAAAGCCAUUAUUGAGGAUGAUAAUGCAGCCCAACAAUUUGAAACACCUACAAGAACAAGAAAGCAGAUGUCUGAUUCAGGAACAAGGGGUCAGGAUCCUGAACAUUCUCAUUCACCUCAUAGCAAUCGGAAGAUGGAAAAUCCUUCAUUGCAAAAGGGACUUGAUGCAAUUGCAUCGUCCCUUAAUUAUAUUGGUGGCACACUUGGGAAUGCUUUUGAGGAGGGUCGUACAAUUGUGGAAAAUCGGACUGCUGACAUCAUUCAGGAAACCCGCAAGCUGCAAAUAAGGAAAACGGGUAGCAAUUUCAAGGCUCAGAAUCAGGAUUCGAAUCCUAGUAGUAUGCAGCAGCAAUCCCAGAUGCAGACCCAUAGGCAACCCCAGAUGCAGUCUGAUUUAGAUAUCCAAUUGAAGGCCUCUCGCGACGUUGCAAUGGCAAUGGCUGCCAAAGCUAAACUUCUUCUCCGGGAACUGAAGACGGUCAAAGCAGACCUGGCUUUUGCAAAGGAGCGAUGUGCUCAGCUGGAAGAAGAAAAUAAAAUCCUUAGAGAGAGUCGUGAAAAAGGAGACAAUCCAGAAGAUGACGAUUUGAUAAGGCUUCAACUUGAGACACUUCUAGCUGAGAAAGCUCGAUUAGCACAAGAGAACUCAGUCUUUGCGCGGGAAAACCGCUUCCUGCGGGAGAUUGUUGAAUAUCACCAGCUCACCAUGCAAGAUGUUGUGUAUCUGGAUGAGGGCAGUGAAGAGGUCACUGAAGUUUACCCGGUCAAGGCAGCCACAUCCAAUCUGCAAUCCCUUGGAGCUACACCAACUUUAACCCUUUCCUCUCCAUCUGCUGCAGUUUCCCACAGCAUAAAUCCAAUAGUGACCCCAGAUGUCUCUCCUCUUCCCACACCAUCCUCGGAGCUUGCACAGGCUUCCCAAACUGUUGCCCCACCGAGCUCUUAUAUUCACAUCACAGAACAAGAAGAUUUGGAAAGACACUGAUUCAUUUUGCUUGGAUUGCACUGGAGUGGUUUCCCUGUUCUCAACAAAGGUUUGAGUUUGUAUCCAUGUCAUUUUCUUUUGGAAUUUUUUUUGAGUAUAUAUAUGUGGUGUUGUGUUUUUGCUCCUCGUGUGGCCAAUAUAUCAUUAUUUUGUAUCAUUGAUUGUUAUUUCUGUUGGGUUGUUAAUUUUUAUUAUACCAAGAAAAUGAUGUCUAUUUGGG